AUGUUGCCUUACCCUAACCCUCACAGUUUCUGGAUCUCCCGGGAACCCCCCGUGCAGGCGCCAAACCCUGCCGGCAGCUUCACUAUGGCGCCCCAAGCGUAUCUGGAUCAUCAGAUGCAGCACUACGACCACUUCUUCCCCGGCAACGCCAACCAGUUCAACAACUCCGAGACGCUGGAGGCCGUACUCAGGCCGCGCCCGUCGGCUGCUACUCCGGCGGCGACGGCGGCCGCGCAUGACGCGGCAAGAAACGGUGCCACCAUGGCCGUCACAGGGGCCGGCCACGCGAGGGCGCGGAAGCGUCCGUUCAGGACGGACCGGCACAGCAAGAUCCGGACGGCGCAGGGCGUCCGCGACCGCCGGAUGCGGCUCUCCCUCGACGUGGCGCGCGACUUCUUCGCGCUGCAGGACCAGCUCGGUUUCGACAAGGCCAGCAAGACGGUGGACUGGCUGCUCACUCAGUCCAAACCGGCCAUUGAACGCCUCUCCGCUGAGUCCUCUCGGCGGCCUAGCGUCGCCGGCGGCGGAGAAAACGGCGUGUCGUCGUCCCUCUCGUCGGCGGAGCGCGGGGGGCGCCGGCUCAAGGAGACGGAGACUGCUGGUGCCGGGUCAGGUAAGGGGGAAGUGGAUCAUAUGGAGAGGGUGAUGAUGAUGAGGGCCAGAGGUGGCGGGACGACGACGUCGGUUCUCAUGGAGCAGAUGAACGGGGGGCUCAUGUCGUCCCCGAUGGCUGUCAGCGGGGAGUACUGCUAUGACCUCGGCGACAUGGUGUACAACAAUGGAGGAGAAUGCGAUGACGAUGGCGAGUACGAGGAAGACGGUGAUUUCUUGGACGGUAUGCAAUACUAA